CCAAGGAGAGGGAGGUCCGGAGAGGCGUGUUUUCUAUAUAACAGUUGUCCCUCAGAACUUUUGCCUGUCGCCUUGUCUUCGGGACAGCAUCUCACACACCACCUCUGUAGACUCACACACUGGGGGAACUUAUUCACCUGCAAAAAAAACAACAUUUUCCUCAAGCCAAAAAACGCGCAACGUCUACUCGUUCCUUCCCUCUGACAUGGAGACCCAGCAAAGAAACGGACCUCUCUCAGUGUGCCACACCUGCCGAAGAACCGAGAGGAGCAUAAUGACGGUGAAGAAGAUGUUCUCGUCCAGCAGCGCGUUGGUCUUCGCCCUGGCCAUGACGCUGUACAUCUUCCAAGGGGCCUCGGCAGAAACUCUGUGCGGAGGAGAGCUGGUGGACGCUCUGCAGUUCGUCUGCGAAGACCGAGGAUUCUAUUUCAGUCGGCCAACGAGCCGGACGAGCAGCCGGCGCACCCAGAACCGAGGCAUCGUGGAGGAGUGCUGCUUCCGGAGCUGCGACCUCAACUUGCUGGAGCAGUACUGCGCAAAGCCAGCCAAGUCGGAGCGGGACGUCUCCGCCAGCGCCCUACAGGGCAUCCCCAUGAUGCCCCCACUGAAGCAGGAAGUGCAGAAGAAGCAACACGUGAACAACAAGCUGUCCUCCUACGCCGUGUGGGACAGGAAGGCGGCCCAGCGGCUCAGGAGGGGUAUCCCCGCCAUCUUGAAGGCCAGGAAGUUCCGGCGGCAGGCGGAGAAGGCGAGGGCCAAGGCCCAGGAGCAGACCCACCGACCGCUCAUCAGCCUCCCCGGCAAGCUGCCCCCCGUCCUGCUCUCAACGGACAACUACGUCAGCCACAAAUGAGCCGCCGCCCGCCCAGAGUAUGCACAGACAAGAGUUUGGAUGAGGAAGAGAAAAGAACAACACAAGACGAGGGGGAUUAUAGCUUUGUCUCUUGACGUCAUUUUUGUGGCAGUCCUCUUUGACCUCCUCUGCCCUGUUCGAGCCCACCAUCAUACUACCCCACCACCCCCAUACAGCGCUCAUCUAGUACUUCUUGACCCCUUGACCCCCUCUCUGAUGCCCACACCACCCGACCACCUCCCGCAAAAAAAACUUUUUGAACCCGCACACAAACAUACCUUCACAUACUGCCUCUUAUCUUUCUCACUCAACUCUCUCUCCACCGCUCAACUCUCUCUGUCUCUUUUCCUAUCUCUCUCUCACCUCUCUUUCGAUAUUUUUCUCCCUCUUUACUCUCUCUCGCUCUGUCUCUCUCUUUCUCUCUCGCUCUGUCUCUCUCUCUCUCUCUCUCUCUCUCUCUCUCUCUCUCUCAACAAUCUCUCCAUUUUUCUCCAUCUCUCUCUCAACUCUCGCUCCCCUCUCUUUUAAUCACUGACACAAAAAGCACACACAAAUGAACAAAAAGUUACAGAUUCGGCCGAUGCAAUCCAGGUGGAUCCUUAAGUGAGACGGAGAGAAAAGGGAGACGAGGAGCUGAAAGAGACAGUGUCAGAGGCGGCACUGGAGGAAUGUGUUUUGUCCCUGAGGAAGAGGACGUGAAGAGCGGCAUGCAUGAAAGAAUCCAUUCCACCAGGCUUCCCUGAGGCAUAAGAACACCUCUGAUAGUUCUUUUCUUAUUAGUUUGCACCUCUUAACUAUAAAAGGACUUCCACACUGUAAGGAAUUAUUUUGUAAAAUUAGAUUCCUGUUCCAGCACCUUUUAAUCACAAACAAGAAGCAGAAAAGAGUCUGCAAAUUGCACAUUGCCACGGAAUACGUCAAAGUAUAGAAAAAAAGGCACUAUUUUUUUAUGAACAAUGAACGUGUAGCUUAAAAAAAUGUCAUGGUGCUAGCUUUGGGAAUGGACUCAAAGAAGAAGAGGUUGAAAAAGCACGUUUUUUUUCUUUGGAUCUUAAAACUUUCCGUUUUAAGGAAAGUCUGACUUUUAAAAAGAGGAAAAUAAAGGAUUUGCUGGUGCCUCUUGGCAGUGGCAACGUGAGGGGAAGUGUCACUGAGCCCUGGGCUGUGUUAGCGUCAGGCUAACAGCGCGUGCUUGCGGCUACUCGUCCCUGGCUCGCUGGUGUAAUUGUCAGGCGAGUAACCUUCUGAGGUUCCUGGACAGGGACCGGAGCGAAGGAAUGGACAUGGUGGACUGCCUGGACUGGGACAGUACUAAAGUUUUUGGAACGAACUUCCUGUUUGCCAUGGUUUUGCUGACUGCCGUGGCAGUAAGUAAAAUGUUUUGGACACCGACUGAGUGGGAUAAUGAUGAUCAUAUUUUAAUUUUAUUUUUCAGUUUUCUUUUCAUAUCAACGUUUCAAGAAAAAAAAAAAGCAAAACUGUCCGAUUCUGGUACCGUGACAUUCCUGUUAGCAUAGGUUACGUUAUGUUAUUUUACAGAGAAAAGAAGGCACAACAUUUAAAUUCAAAGGGAAAAAACAGCAAUAAUGUCAACUAACCUUUUUGUUGUAUUGUAUAUCAGUAGUAUUCACAUGCUUUUGCCUGAAAACAAAUACUUGAAUAUAUAUAUAUAUACAUAUAUAUAUAUAUAUAAAUAUAUAGAUAUAUAAUAAGUUUCCAGGGACGUUGUGGUAUUUUCCUUUAGUCUGAGGUGUAUCCUUGCGUAAUGAGCCGCCAAGCUUUUUGUUUGUUUGUUGAAAUACAAACAAGGGCACUGUAUAAAGGCAUUAUUUAUUUUGUUAUAAAAUAUAUUUGAAAAAUUGGUCCAAAUAAUAUACGUAGCACUGAUGCGGAUUUAUUUUGUAAUGAUCUCUUUCUUCCAAUUGGAGUCGUCAUGCUUUUUUUAGAUGCUUUGUACCAAAAAUACCUUUCUUUUUUUUCGUUUUCAUUUGACAUUACUUUAAAUCAAUAUUUUAACAGCUUCGUAGCCACGAUUGCAUAGGUAUGUCACCAUAUCACCCAAUUAGGCACAUACUCCAAAUAUUCUGGUUUGCAUGGACAUUCAGAAACCAUGGUUGUCUGUUAAAUAUUCUCACUUAGCCAGACCUGUGUCCCCCGAACACAUGAAGGGCCAUAGAAUCGCUUGGAUAACGAGACAUCAGAAAAUCUGAGGCAGCCAUCUGAUUGGCUGUGACUUUGAAAAAAUAAAAUAAAAGGGAAAGAGAGUUUCUCUAGCGUGAUUUCCUUGGUUGUAAGAUAACGAUAUCUCGGUGUGUCUCUUGUCUUUUCCUACCCAACAUAUGUUUGAACCUGUUCCCCGGAGCAUUCAUACGUUUGAUAAAAGUCUCCAUUUAAAGAAACACAAUCAUGACCGACUGAACAAAUCUUCAUUGAUUGUACUCAACCCACUAUGUUUUAAAGCCACUUCAGAAUGGAUGGGAGUGGAACGACUGGUCCUUUAUUAAAUCAUAUCUCUGUGAAUGUGCAUGGUCUCUUCUCAUCUAACAAUCAACUCCCUCGGUCAACAUUCUAUCGACUGCCAUUUGGUGUCCAGCUUUGACCAUCAGUGUCUGGACCGAGAAACACAGCGAUGAAGAAAACUUCACGUCCCUUUGGCUAGACAUUGUGGCCGUAACGUUAUAAGACCGGGGAAUGAUCUUUCCAUCAUUCAGUUAUGGAUCAUUUACACCUCCCUUCCAAUCUGGUAUAGCCUCAUGCCCCCUUAUCGGUCCCGCGUUCACCCCAUUAGGUCAUACCUUAAAGGUUAUAUGAUGUCUAUAUUCAGUUUAAAGAGGCUCAAAUAUCCUUCUUAUAUCCCAAGAGAAUCCACCUAUGUUACGCAUCUGAUGAUGAAGGCCCCUAUCAGACAUUAACUGAAACAUUAAAACCCUUAUGAUGAAGUCCGCCUCCAGCGAUGGAGUGUCUUGAGAGGUGUGGAGAGAGAGGUGUGCUGAUAGAACGUUAGUCCAUAUAUGGUCAUAAACCCCUUGCUGUCUGAUGUAGAGACAGCAGCGGCCUGGGACAUGCCACAGACAAGGUCAGUGCGUCCUAAAAUCGUUAUUGUUUGACAGCGUACGGAUUAAGUGGAUUGAGAACAUCAGUAAGAGAGGAGAGAAGUAUCCGAACAAACAUCUAAAAGGCAAUUCAAAAUAGCCCGCUUCCUGCCUAUUUAAAUAUUCUACAUCAGUUGUGUAUCAAAAGCAUUGCAAUUAUUAUAUAAUAAUUAUUAAUAUUAUUAUUUUCUCAAUUAAAUGGAAUUCCAGGACAGCGAUCACAAAAGAUGAUUUAUAUUUUAUUGGAAGAUAUGAUUCCUUCUAGGACUGCAUUCAUUCACUGUUAUUAUGUAAAGAUCGAGCAGGCGACCCUUGUGUCCUAAGUCAACCAUUUCCUGCUACUGAAUAUGAAGGGAUGCCUUGCUCAGAGGCAGCAGGCACAUUUUUCUGUGUCAGUGACCCACUCAGCCUGUGUGUAUUUUAUUGUUUAACCUCUGCACGCUAGAAUGUCCGAAAUGCACAAUUCAUGUACUUUCAUUUUUAAUAUCAAUAAAAGAAAAAAACUGCAUUUUAUCAAACACCAUUUGUGUCCCAGCGUGAU